GCGCCCCUGCUGAAAGGCUGCGCUCCCCCCCUGUGCCUUUUGUUUCUGAGGUGGAGCCUGAUACCCCGACUUUACCAAACUGAAUUGCCGGCGAAACAGACGGACAAGACAGGACCGGAACCAGCAGUCGUUCUCACGGCUCUGGGACGUGGCAUAUCUGGGGGGUCAGGCGGCUGCAAGGAAGAAGAAGGGUUUGGGGGAGCGCUUCGUACGGUUUAGUUAAUUUCACAAUCGAGUUCACGCUACAGAGUGACGGGAAAGAUGAAUUCUUUCGUACUGCUGUCGCUUUUCGCCACGGUUAUCGUCGGAAAGUCACCUCGGCUUAAAUUUGUUCUGCGUGAGCCCUCCAGGUUCCAUUUCAACAGACCAGAGAACUAUAUCAGCAUGUACCACCAGGAAGGGAGUGACACCCUUUAUGUAGGCGGCAAGGCAAUGAUCUACAUGUUGACGUUCACAGACAGAGGGGUUCGCGACCUGCAGAUCCCAGCGGUAUCGGAUCAGACUGCAAUUGAUACCUGCAAGGCAAAGGCUGCGCCACUCGAGCUGGAGUGUGAUAAUUUCAUCACGGUCAUUCAGAAAGUAAAUGACACAUUCAUAGUAUGUGGGACAAAUGCCGGAAACCCCAGGUGCUGGAUGCUGGUUAAUGACACAGUGCUGACUGAUGUACAGGGUGCUGGGCAGAUAUCUUCAGCCUCUCACAUAUCACCGCAAUUCCCUUCCCAUAGGGCCAUCAGCUUGCCUGCAGAUGGGAGUCUGUAUUCUGCUAUGUCGUCGGUAGAAGGUCAUUCCGGCUCGAUACGGCGUACGUUUGGCUCCCAGAAACUCCUGAAGACAGAGAACGUUUGGCUGUUAAAUCCACAGUUUGCUGGAGCAUCUAUAAUCCCCUCCUCAGAAAAAUACAAGGAGGAAAUCUACUUUUUCUUCAGUGAAUUCAACAAGACAGCCAGAGUGGACGAGGAGCCAUACAGGGCUCGCAUAGGCCGAAUAUGCAUGGUUGAUGAAGGGGGUGUCAAAAACCUGAUGGCAGACUCUUGGACCACCUUCUUGAAGGCACGGGUGAUGUGCGGUGCAGGAAACACUCAGCAACAGUACAACAACUUGAAGCAAGCAGUGGUGCUGACUGCUCAGGAUAAAAGGGCUGGGGUUCUGUAUGGCCUCUUUUCCAAUGCAUGGGGCAGAACAGUGAUCUGUGCCUACUCCAUUGAAGAUAUUGACCAGGCCUUCUCCACAUCUAAGCUGAAGGGCUACAGCGGUCAACUCACUGGCACACGCCCUGGGACUUGUCUCCGCAAAACCCCCGGAGCAGCGGAGAAUCAAAACAACGUGAAAACUCUUGGGGUGAUGAGAUACCACCCAGAAAUUGAGGAUGUGAUCCGGCCUGUUGGUGUGGCUCCACUUGACCUGCCCUCAGAUGACCAAAUCACACAUACAGUGGCGGACAUCGUACGGGCAGUUAACGAUGAACACUACAGCGUUCUUUACCUUGGAACAGAACAAGGCAAAAUUCUCAAAGUUCUUCAUACCAGUGAGGAUGUCUUCAUCAUAUCUCAAUACUCUCUGUUUCACAAUGAGGGCCCUGUUCUAAACAUGGCUAUUGAUCCCCUAAAGGGACACCUGUAUGUUGCUACAGCGAUGGAGGUCCAGCGACUGCCUCUGGCUGACUGCGGUCGCUAUGGUGACACCUGCAGAGAGUGCAUCCUUUCCCGGGAUCCAUACUGUGGCUGGGACAAGUCCAGGAGGAAGUGCAUCGCCAUCCCACCCGCGUACAAUUCCUCAACUGGGGGAAUCAUUCAGAAUUUGGACCAUUCAAACUCCUCAGUUUGCGGGGAAGCUGCUGCUCUGAAGCUGCGUCGAACUUCCCCUAGAGAAGUAUUCGUGCAGUCUAACACAUCAGUCUUUCUCCCUUGCCCUGUGCACUCCUUCCAUGCCACUUAUCGCUGGGAAAAGGACAACUGCAUUAAGAACUAUCCCUGCAUUUUUUCUGGAGACUUCUGUGUCCUGGGGCCAGUUGUUGACACACCCCUAAAGGAAGGUGUCUUUCGCUGCAUGGCCACCGAAGACGGAUUCAAGGUGGAGGUCAUUUCCUUCAGGCUGGUAAACGAUGGGAGGCUUCUGGCUGCCUCCCUUGCCUUCACCUUGGGGCCAUCACUCCUGCUCGCCAUGGCUACCCUGUGGCUUCAUUAACUGCAGCUAAAACUAAUGCUAACUCCUCAUCCUUACUGGCUCCCAAUGACAGGAAAGACAAGGAGCCAUUGCUCAGAGAUGAGGUUCGCAGAGCAUUAAAGUGCACAGUUGCGUUGUACAGCGGCAAUUUGCCUUUUUCUAUUUCGGUUUUUAGAGAGGGUCCAGAAAAUAUCAGUGAAUAAGGGGUUUAUUCUAUAUUUUUUAGAAUAAAACAAAAUAGCCGCAGCUUUAGCUGUCUUAAUCAGAUCAAAAAUAGAAGACGGAUACAAUGCCAUUUAAAAUAAAGUGAUUAGGAGUUAGUGUCCAUGAACUCACAUGUUUUGCAAGUUUAAACGUAAUUCAACCAUAAAGUGCUUUGCGAACCUUUCCUCUCUGACAAAAAAAGAUAAACAUAUCUUAUAAGUUUGGCAAAAAACACCAAUACCAGGCCACUUCUUUCUACCAUUUAUCUACUUAUUUUGAAAUUGAUUGAUUGUGCUUAUUUGUGAAUGUGUAAACCUUUAAUACUGCUCUUGCAUCUAAUCAUUCAUCUUGUUAUACUUGUAAUGAGCUAUACAUUGGUAUAGCUCAUUAGUACUUAGAAAAAUGUCUGGUAUUGAGAUUUUAAAAGCCUUAACACUUCUGGGACAUAAACUCCUAAGCACAAUUUUGCAGUUGAGGCAGAAUACUGCAGACUCAGUUGGACUUGGCGCUAUAAUUAGUGCAGCUGAGUCUAACAGCAUUGCUGGGAGGAAGUGUCAGCUUUUUGACAGGAAGUAGGCGGGUGAGCAUGAGCUCACCCUCGAACAUCACUGUGUCUCUGCACCUCCUCUUCUGACAAAGCAGUUCUUGCAUCUUUUUAGAAGAUUUUAUCAGACAUUAUUACACCUUGUUCACAGCUUUGUCCAUUUUUUGGUUUGUUUUCUUUUGAUGCCCUAAACAUCAGAAUGUGAGAAGUAUCACAACAUUGUUUAUAGCAUACAAGGGUUACUUUGUGAGAACUGCGAAGCAAACUGCAAUUUACAAGCUUUUAAUCGAAAAAUCUUAAAUAUAAGUAUUCAGUAAAGACAUUAAUCUCUGCAAAGCUGCAUAAAUAACUAAAAGCUGUGUGAAAGUUGUGUUAACAAUCAUCAUUGAGCUGGUUUUCGGUAUGCUGUCUGGAGGUCAUUAGUCUCCUGUGUCCAUUAGGUUUUUGGGAACAGAGCUAUUUCUUCUAAAAUCAAGCUAAUGUGCUGCAAAUUAAAUACAACAUCUUCCAGCCUGGCAAUGUGUAAAGAUGUGAACAAGGUGUUACAGUAUUGCAACUUUAAGAAUAACAUACUUACAUUAUCAUAGGGGCAGAUGAAGCUAAAAGGAAAGCAUAACAGAGUUGCAUUCAGUUGUUUUUCAGCAGAAAUAAAGGCUUGUACUUAGAUGUGAGAUAUAUGUUUUAUAUUUUAUUGUUCUGCAAAUGCUGAUUUCUACCAUUGCUGCCUACAUAUGUGAUGAUUUGUCUUGAUGGUUUGGGUUUUUAUGCCAUAGUUAGAAUGUGAAAUGUGACCAUUGAUUGCUUUACCUCUUUCCAGGGGACAUCAGAGCAAACAGACAAGACAACUGUUAUUUUUCCACACUUGUAUGCUGUGAAACAAAAGGCUUGACAUAUUCCAAAAAUAUUCUUUACUAAUGUACAGCAGCAACCACUACCAGGGGUGAGAACAAUGGGCUUAGGACAAAACGUCUCACUUGAAAUGCACCUUGUGCAUCUUCUUUUCAUUUUUUAUGAUAACAUGGGGGGGGGGGGGAAUUAUAAGGAAAACAAAUUAAAGCCAAAUGCAAAAGGAAUGAUUUGUCAAUGUAGCUGCAGUUGAGCAGUACUGAAGUGCCAAAAACUAUGCCCAACCUUAUGAAUACUGAUCAGCUGACUAAAGAAGUAGACUUGUGUGGUAAUGAAUUAUGCAGUGGAUUAGCAUGUCCUCCAGAGCUUUGAGAAUUAUCAUUCACUAAUGGUACAUAAAUCUAGCCAUGCCGAGCUUUCCACAGUGGCAGAAAUGUCAUUAAUAGCUAAUUAGACAAUAGAGCUGGCUUGUCAUGUCCUGUAUUAAAGAACUUAUUUUAUACCAUGAGGGAUAGGGCCAGCAGACAUGUUCCCAAAUGUGAAAAUUGUGAGACAGACUUACAUUUCUCACUUUUCUUGGUUGUGUGUUGCUGCUCAGGGAUCUGCUUAUUUUAUGCCUUGCACUGAUGCAGCCUAUUGACUGUGCUAAAAAAGGAAGAAAAAAAUUUUGAAAAAAAGCAAAGCUGUGUUGAGCCUCAUCCGCCUGGCACUUACCGCUUCCUCUUAUGCUUAUUUGUGAAGUCCCUUGCUCCAUACCAUGCAUAAUGUUUCCUGUCAGACAAACCCUGAGCACAUGUACAACAUCGGUCUUCCUCUCAGCCAAACAACAAACACAGAUAUACUGCAGGUCUAACAUGCAUAUUAGUUGUCUUUGUGUCUCUGUGUCGCCACCAGGGUGGGAAUAUAACACCAGCCACCAGCCUGGUAAACCCUUAGUAGAGGCUGUUAACAACCUUUAUCUUGCCAGAGAAUUUUGGCAUCAAACUAACUCGGCAUACAAAGAUGUGUUAAAAUAAUUUCCUCGAUAACCUUCUCUAUAUUUCGACUAAUAAGUACUGUAUGGGUUGAUGUAAUUUCAUCCAGAUAGUUGUUUUGCAGGACACUUUAAGAAGAAUUGCCUAUUCUGUCCAGUUCUAACAAGCCAAAUGAUCCUGAUAUCUUAAGCUUCAUCACUGUGCCCCUUGUCCAUACAAUCUACAUACUGAAAGCAACAGAUAAAGAAAAGCAUUAGUCAUUUGUUCUGAUGCUUAAGAAUCAGUUUAUAUUCUCACAUUGACCUUACCUCUUAUGGAUAAUUGCUGUCCUUUACAAGUAGCAUAGACGGACGUAGCAUGACAUUGCUACUAGAGCAUGGCAUAUGGUGCAUGUCACUGUGAGAGUGAAGAAGUGGUUAAUUUUAAGAUGAAUGUGAAGAUCUAAGGUGGCAGAUAUCAUUUUCAGAGGAAGUUAUGAAUGAAACGUGUCAAAUUAAACUUCUGAAAAAUUGUUAUGAGAAUGAAAAUUGUUUCAUCUUCUUAGUGAAGACUGGUUUAUGUGUAAGUGCUAGCUCUUUUACUGUUAAAAAACUACUUUGUUAAAUUUCUUCUUCUUUUAUUCGUAUUGUUGUAGUCAGAUGCAAACCUUGUAUACAAGCUUUUGAUCCUGCAGUGAUAUUUUUCCUCUUAGUUUGCUAGGUAAAUUGUAACAACAGUUUUUAAACGAGCAUAAUAACUCAAAAAUAAAUACAGUACUGCAGUAGAUGCAUUCACAAUAGUUACUUACCUAACCAAUGACUUCUUCUGAUAGACUGGUGACUACAAUUGUGACUACAUAGGAAUUCAGUAUAUUUAAUCAUUGCAUCUGAGAAUAGGAUAAAAAGAAAAAAGUCUGAGAUUGUAGAUGUUGACCACACUUUUAUGUUCAAGUCUGAGAGAUUGUUAAGUCUCUCAUUCUCAGUCUUUAGUUUUUCUAGAGUAUACUACACUGCUCACAACUUUGCUUUAGUAUGGAUUUGGGACACAGGGUUCACUUACUUAGCAGGAGUGAUUACCUUGUUACACUGUGUUAAAUAUGGUUAGUGAUUUGUUGUUCAAUGGAGCUGAUUCCCCCUCUUCAGGCUUCUUUUAUUCAAAUAUCCACAGUGAAGGUAGUACAGCAUUUAAACCCAAAUAGCAUCUUGAGACGACAUCUGCAGUUUAUUUUAGGUCUUGCUUUAAUAUGGACACUCAUACAAAUGCUGAAAUUAGGUUAUUUCACACUCAUAACUGUCAUUGGAGCCAGUUUGAUAAAGGCUAAUCUCCUUCAAAUCAAGCACUUGAUUUGCGUCAGGAAACCAUUUUUGGUUAGCUCAUGCUGUUUGCUGUAAAUGAGCGAGGCGGGUCGCUGUUUUGUCUGCUCUGGGGUUUUGAGUACACUGUACUGUACAUGAUGUGUGCCCAUGAUUCUGUGUCUUAAUAUAUCUAAUUUUAAAAGUAACAUGCCAAACUCUAUUAUAUAAAAAAGAGAUUUAUAUUGGUGCCAUGCCAGUCUACAUAACGUCAUCUCAUAACAUGUAUUUUUAAAUAAAUGAUAUCUAUAGUACAAUAGAUAUUCAUGUAACAAAUCCAUAUUUGACAUGUGUUUCCCUGAACAUGUG